UGAAACUCGAGGAUUUUGUUUCUAGGACGUGUGAAAAUGAUUGCUUCUUCUUCUUUGGUUCCUCUUCCAAAAAACCAGUAAGCAAACCGCCUGAUAUGCCCACCGCGAAUUUCAAUUCAUAGCACAAUUGGGCAUGCCAAAAAUCUCUCCUUUCUGGGUUUUCAUCUCUCAUUCUCCGAUUUCUGAAUCUAGGGUUCUUAUUCAAACCAAUCAAUUUUUCAAUUUCAUUUUGAGCUGAGUAUCAUCAAGAACACCAGCUCCUGGCAGCAACCCAGGUUUUCUUUCUCAUUGCAGCACUGAGAGCUCAUAGGUAAUGGAGGACCUCAAAGAGAGGCUGCUUCCGCCAAAAGUCCCAAAACCUGCAUCAGCUAUUAACCUUCGGGAGUCAUCUUAUCGACCAGCAGCCUUUGGAAGGCAACCCUUUCAAAGUGUGGAUGUUCUGGGGCUGAAGAAGCGGGGCCAGGGCCUUCGGUCUUGGAUUCGUGUUGAUACGUAUGGGAAUUCUCAGAUCAUUGAGGUUGACAAGUUCACCAUGAUGCGUCGUUGUGAUCUACCUGCCCGUGAUCUACGCCUGCUUGAUCCUCUAUUUGUUUACCCUUCAACCAUCCUUGGAAGAGAGAAAGCUAUCGUUGUAAACCUAGAGCAGAUUCGAUGUAUAAUUACGGCCGAUGAGGUUCUUCUUUUGAAUUCACUUGAUAGCUAUGUAUUGCAAUAUGUGGUGGAGCUUCAGAGAAGAUUGACAACAAAUGGGGUAGGUGAUGUUUGGCAAUCUGAUGGUUCUGAAUUGAGUCGGAGGAGGGGAAAUAGAAAUUUUGAUAGUGUGUUUGGAAGCACAUCUCCUGAUUAUUUGCCCUUUGAGUUUAGGGCCUUAGAAGUUGCUCUGGAGGCUGCCUGUAAAUUUCUUGAUUCUCAGGCAGCUGAAUUAGAAAUUGAAGCAUAUCCGUUACUAGAUGAGCUCACGUCAAAGAUCAGUACACUGAACUUGGAGCGCGCACGUCGAUUGAAAAGUAGACUCCUUGCCUUGACUCGGAGAGUUCAGAAGGUUCGCGAUGAAAUAGAGCAGCUCAUGGAUGAUGAUGGAGAUAUGGCUGAGAUGUAUCUCACUGACAAGAAAAGUCGUAUGGAGUCAUCGUUUUAUGGUGAUCAAUCUGUGCUGGGGUACAGAUCUACUGAUGGUACAUCUCUUUCUGCACCUGUUUCUCCUGUAGCUUCACCUCCCGAUGGCCGAAAGCUUGAGAAAAGCCUGAGCAUUGCAAGGAGUCGACAUGAAAGCAUGAGAAGUUCAGAUAGUACUACAGAGAGUAUAGAAGAGCUUGAGAUGCUGUUGGAAGCAUACUUUGUUGUCAUUGACAGCACCCUGAAUAAGCUGACAUCGUUGAAAGAGUACAUUGAUGACACAGAAGAUUUCAUAAACAUUCAGCUGGAUAAUGUCCGAAACCAGCUGAUCCAAUUUGAGCUACUACUCACAACUGCAACAUUUGUUGUUGCUAUAUUUGGGGUCGUAGCAGGAAUCUUUGGGAUGAACUUCACAAUACCUUUGUUUGAUAACGCUGGUGCAUUUAAGUGGGUACUUAUAAUUACAGGUGUAACUGGCUUUUGCAUAUUUUCUGCAUUUGUGUGGUUCUUCAAGUACAGAAGACUGAUGCCACUUUAGAUGUAAAACGAAACCUCAAUGAAGGAAUUACAAAUGAAAAAGAAAAAAAAAAUAAUUUAUUGCUAUUGUCUA